AUGAUGUCAGAAAUAUUUAAAGAUAGAUUUAAUAAUGAACAGAUUAAUGUUGAUUCUCAACAAUCAUCUAGUGAUGAUCCAACAAGUGCAAUGUCUUCAAUAAUUCAUCAGAAUUCGUCUCCCUUGAAACAUUUGGAAAACAACUCAGAUAUAAGUGACGAUGAAUCUUUAAAAAUAAAUUAUAAUAUUUCAAGACCUGGCACAGGUGGUUCAAUAAAACACUAUAUUGAUAAAUUUACUAAUAGCUUUAAAACAAAAUUGGCAUCCAGUUCAAAACAUAAGGAACCAACUGCUAAAUCUCAUUCUCCACCUGGCAAAACUCAAGAAAGGCAACAUUUAAAACAUUUUACACAAUCAACUAAGUUUAAUGAAUUAGUACAAUCCACAAGCCAAAAUAGAGCUGAAAAUUUAAAAGCUUUACAAGGAGAACUCAUUGAUAAAAUCAAUUAUAUGGAAACACCUAGUGAGAUGCAUGAAGCGGACAGUUGUCAGAAUGAUUCUGACAAAAUACCUUUAGGAAGGUAUUAUAAUUCUGGAAUUUCUCAAGUUUCAGACUCUUCCAAUUCUAGUCUAACUGAUGUAUCAAUGAAUGAACAAUGCAUGGAAAAUGAUUUAACUAAGAAGUAUGGGCACACUUUUGAUAACCCAAUCGAAUAUACCAAUACUUCUUCAAAUUUUGAUUCAGUAAUUAUUAAUAAAAAUUCUAAUGUGUGGAAAGUUAUACUUGAAAUUCUUUCUAUAUUAACAGGUAAAAAGAAAAGUGAUAUCAGCUCCCUAUUAAUGGAAAAAGAAGAAUCAUUGUUAAGGAUUAUAACUGAAAUUCAAGAAAAACUUAAUCACAAAGUUAUUGAUAUGGAAAACGAAAGAUCUAAAUUGCAUGAAUAUAACGAUGAUAUAAUUUUGGAAUAUAAUAAAAAUAAUGAAAAGAAAAAAACUGAACUUGAUGAUACUAUUGAAUAUUAUAAUAGAAUUAAAAACAAUAAUCUUCAAUUAACUCAAACUCUAGAUAAACGGAAACGGUAUUUGGAAGAUCUACAAAUGGAAAUAAAAAAAUAUGCAAAGGAAGAAUUGAAGUUAAAAAGCUUAGAAGAAAAGUCAUUCAAGCUAACUGAUGAAAAUAAAACAUUAAGGGAGGAUUUAAAAAAAUUAAAGAAUAUUCACAAAGAUAUUCAAAAUUCUUAUACUGAUAUUGUCACUAAAUACCAGUUAUUGGAGGAAAAGAAUUUUAAUAUUAAGAAUAAGUAUGCCUCUUUACAGGAAAAAGAGAGACAAAAUGAAUGUAACGUUGAAAAAUGUAGAUCAAGUGUAAAUUCAAUACGGAUUAACAUAAGUCACAUUGAUAAAUCGAUUGAGAUUACUAAAAGAUCCAAUAUGAAAUUAGUCAAGGAUAAGAAGAUUGAGAGAAAAAAAUUCUUAGAUAUCAAAAGAGAGUUACUUGACAUGAAUGAUAUUAUUUGCCUGUUUGAGAGAUUUAGAACCUUAACCAUCCAGAGUUUAACACAAAUAAUGAUAACUCUGCAGCUCUUUAUUUCUGAAGAUAAUAAAGAUAAAUGUGAGAUGUAUUUGAAAAGAUUAAGUAGAAAUAACUUUGGUGUUAAAUUUAUUAACCAUGCUGAAGCAAGACCUUCAAAUUCUCAAUCAGCUAAUAUUGGAAUUUGUAUUAAGGACUUCUUUGAAAAUAUUGCAGAGAAAAAUUUAUUGAUACCAUUAAAUGAUCACUUACGUAAAAACCAUACAUCAAGUAAAUCCCUAACACAAAAGUUGACACAGUUAAGAAUUCAAGUUAAUCAAAAUAAUAUAUCGUAUGAGAAUUUGACGGACCAAAUAAAAUGGAUGACAGAGAAUUAUCAAAAGGUAGCUGCUAAUAAAUCAAAUUUAAUAAGUAGUAAUCCAACGCAAUUUCUGCCCAUUAAGUAA